UGAUGCUGUAGUACCUAAUAAACCCAUUAUGGUCAGUGUGGGGACACAAACCCCCGCACAAUGGCAAACGUCUACCCCAGUAGAGACUGAUGAUGACGAAGAGAGUGAUGAAGAUCCUGUCCUGGAGGACCCACUGGACACAUCGUGGCACCCAGACCAGGUGUCUGAUGAUGAUGAUGAGGAAGAUGAAUGUGAAGAGCCCUGUGACCCCAACCCAAGUGCCACGGACAAAUUUAUUGUCUGCAAAAAUGAGCUAAUGGCUCUAUUUAGGUGCUGUAAAAAAUGUGCUGGGAAGACGGACAGCAGCAUUGUGAAACAGCAAGGCACAUUUGUUCAAAUAAAGCAGGUAUGUACGUCAUGUGGCUACAUGCGCCACUGGCAAAAUCAGCCUCUGCUGCAUAAAAACAUGCCAGCGUGCAACUUGUUGUUGAGUGGGGCCAUUCACUUCUCAGGAUGCCUUCCCACACAAACCCUAAGAAUGCUGACAUUGUUUGGCCUGCAGUGCAUGUCCAUCAACACCUUCUAUAGACACCAGAGGAAAUACACCAUCCCAACCAUCAUUAAGGCCUGGAAGAAGGACCAGGCCGAAACCCUCAGUGACCUCAGGGCAAUGGAUGGAGGUCUGGUUGUUGCUGGGGACUGCAGGUCAGACUCUCCGGGGCACUGCGCAAAAUAUGGCUCUUACACCCUGAUCGAGGACAGGGUAAAUAAAGUGGUAGAUGUGCAGCUCGUCCAGAGCUCAGAGGUUCCAAACAGCUCUUGGUGCGAACUUGAGGGGCUCAAACGCAGCAUGGCCAUGUUGAAGAGGCAGGACCUGUCCUUAUCCACCCUUGUCACUGACAGACAUCGCCAAGUUGCCAAAUAUGUCAGACAAGAGCUGUGUCCAGAAGGGACAAAGCAUUAUUUUGAUGUGUGGCAUAUUGCAAAAGGACUAGGGAAGGCAUUGGACUCAGCCGCAAAAGACCGCCAUUGUGAACAGCUACAAUUAUGGAAACCAGCGGUAGUAAACCAUUUAUACUGGACAGCUGCUUCAACACCUGAUGGAAACCCAUCCAUAAUGGAAGCCAAGUGGACAAGUCUGGUAAAUCACAUUCAAGACAUUCAUGACCACAACAGCCCUGCCUUCCCCACUUGUGCACAUCCUCCUCUAGAGGGAGAGCACCGCGACAAGGAGUGGCUGGAACCAGGCUCAAAUGCGGCAGUGAAACUGGAAAACAUAGUCACCAAGUCCACCUUACUUAAAGAUGUGAGACAACUUUCCCCACAACAUCAAACCUAUUCCCUUGAAGCCUUCCACUCCCUCAUUCUGCACUUUGCCCCCAAGCACACCGGUUUCUCGUACAUGGGAAUGUACAGCAGGCUUCUUUUAGCAGCAUUGCAUUAUAAUGCAAAUGCAAACAGACAGCUGGCGAAAAGAAAAGACGGCGCGCAGAGGUAUUCUGUCACCUAUCCUCGAUUCAGGAAAGGGGCCUGUGUGGUGCGUCCCCUUAAAGAGAGGGCCUCAUAUGAUUAUGUAACAUCAUUAAUCGAGGAACUCCAGGAGAGCUACAUGGCCUCACCCAAGAGCCUCCAAGAGACAGAUCCAAUGGUAAAUGGUAAGUAUUUUGGUAAGUAUUCUUGUUAAAUCUUGUUAUUUAUUAGUUUGGUGGUGGUUUUCUGCAUGCUCCAUACUCUUUCAUUCGUUGCUUUUGCUGGUUUAUCCAUGCUUUUAGUCAUUUUCUCAUUUGUUUUUGAUUAAUCAAGUACUACUAAUGGAAUAUAUCAUGUGGAAUUUAUCAUGUGGUGGUGUUUAACAUUUCUAGGUACCAAUCAAAUAUCCAUUGCAAAUAAAGUGAAUACCUGUAUGCCAAAUGUGCAACUAAUA